AUGGCAACAUCGGGCAGUGAUGGGUUGGGAAGAAAGAGAAGGAUGAUGCUGAAUGAUGAUGAAAGAGAGAGAGAGAGAGAGAGAGAGAGAGAGAGAGAGAGAGAGAGUGCAUGUGAAUAUGAAGUGGCAUAUUGGCCGGAAGAGACAGAAGAGAAAGAGACAGAGGUGAUGCCAAUUUCAAGGAGACGACCCUCUCUUCACCUGUCUCCCUCUCUGUCUUGCUGUGCGGGCCACAUCCAUGCAAAAAGGCAAACACAUUUUCCCUUAGAUUUCGUUUCUCCAAAAACCUUUUUUUUUAACAUUAGGCAGUAAAAGAAAGAAAAGAAAAGAAAAGAAAAUUGUUAUUAGAGGACUGUGUUUCUGCGAGUUGCAGCAGGGUCGUCAGGGUGUGACCACAAACGUCACGAGCUGGAGAAGAAGGUGGUGGUGGUGAUCCAACGUAACGUAACGUCCUCAAGUGGGCAGUGGUCACACUGAGUAGCUAGCUAGCUAGCUCCUACUGGGUUGGUUCUUUCUUUCUCUGUGUAUGUGUAAGAUCUGCUGCUGCAAUCUGCUUUUUCCUGUGG